UCCUUCUAACCCCCCUCUGGUAAGAACAGAAUCUCUGCGUCACAGCCAUGCUGUCCACUCUUCCCCCUUCUGAUCCUUUCCUCAAUAACCCCUUCUGGGCCUUGGACGGCUCUUUCCCUACUCCUUGGGAGGGCCCGGGCUUCAGCCCCAGUCUUCUUUCCUCCCCCGUCAAGCCGGUCGGUAAGUCCCAAACCCAUGCAGGCUCUGAUGCCGAUGUGAAACACGUGGCGUCAUCCAUUCUCGACGAGCGGAAACGGCGGAGAAUGAUAUCGAACCGGGAGUCAGCGAGGCGGUCGCGCAUGCGAAAGCAGAAGCAUCUAGAGAACCUAAGGUCUCAGGUGACCCGCUUUAGGAUCCAGAACCGGGAACUCAACAACAGGUUGCAGUUUCUUCUGCAUCACUAUAACCGAGUGAUCACGGAGAACCAAUGGCUCCGGUCCGAGCAAACCCAGCUCCGACAAAAACUUCACGAUAUAACUCAAAUUUUGGCCCUCCAGCCCUUCUCUUCGUCUGCAUGGCCAUGCAAUACCACUCCUAUGUUCGCGACGGAAUAAGAAGAAAUGAUCAUGAUGAUUAAUUAACCAACUAAGUAAAAUCAUAGAAUACGGCAUCACCAAAUAUUAUAGUUAAUUCUAAGAGUCAAGAACUUGUCUUCAAGUUGUCUGUGUAAAUUAAAAGUAGCAGCUAGAUAAAUAUCAGUCCCCCUUUUUUUUUCCAUCUUUUUUGGGAAAAUAGAGAGAGAGAGCGGUUUUGGAAAAUAUCGGGCUACGUAUUUUCAAAACCAGAGAAAGUUUAUUAUUAGUGAUUACAAGUGUUAUAGCUACUAGCUAGCUAGUUUGUCAACAUAUAUAUUAAGUUGAUAUUGCUGUUUUGCCCUAAUUAUUCCAAGUUAUAGAGCAGCCCUUUGUUAA